AUGCCGGAUGACAGCGCGGGUGACGCGAUGCUCCCUCACAUCCGCCCUCUGCCCAAGCCGCACCGCUGCCUCUUUGUUUUUUCCUGCUUGUCAGGCGAUGCAAGCCCCGUUGGCAGCCACGCCUCCAAUCUCUGCACCAGGCCCCGACGCUGGCUGCGCGCCCGUCUGAGGCAUCGCCAGCCGUGGUCUCAAACAUGGGCCCCGGCCAUGGAUGCGAAACAGGUACGCCCGCAACCGACCCUGCCCUGCCUCGCGCGACAGGGCCCGCCUCCCAAAUCCCGCCGUCGUUUUUUAAACGCAGAGCCAUUUGCUGCCCGCAAUCCUGCCACGAGUGACGGCGGACCUGCCCAGCCUUUGCCAGACUCAGCACACUGUGCAGCUUUGGUCAGCAAGCGUUGGACCAUGGCGCCGGACAGGUGGAUCGAGUCGCCUGGAGCCUGUCUCCGCCCUCGACGCCGCCGGCCUGCACACUACUAA